UCACUGUAUCCAAAAAGUCUUGAGAGAUAAACAAAAGCACAAAAACAAAUCCAAAUCAAAACUCGUCUAAUUAUGAGUUAAAUCACUUUCCAAUAUAACAAUCAAUAGAAAUUAUUAAAUAAUCCACCUACAGUUGCAUUCCAAAGUACAAAGAAAUGAAUGUCAUCCUCGUGACACUGAUUCUCUGCACUUUCUCCCAAGGAGUCAUAACGGCCAAUAACUUGCCCAUUGUAAUUAAUACCUGGGCAUUCAUUGAUGCAGCCAAUGAAGCCUGGAAAGUGGUUCAUCAACCACACAAAACAGCUCUGGACGCCCUAGUCGAGGGUUGCAGCACCUGUGAACGUUUGCAGUGCGAUGGCACUGUCGGCUAUGGUGGCAGUCCUGACGAACACGGUGAAACAACUCUCGACGCAAUGAUCAUGGAUGGUGCUACAAUGAAUAUCGGUGCAGUUGCAGCAUUGCGCAAUAUUAAACAUGCCAUUCGAGUUGCCCGACACGUUCUCGAGAACACUCAACACACACUGUUGGUGGGCGAUCAGGCGAGUCAGUUCGCUCAGAUGAUGGGAUUUCAGAAGGAAACCCUCAGCACUCCAGCUUCGAAAGAAAUCUGGAAAAAAUGGUGGACUGACGGAUGUCAACCGAAUUUUUGGGUAAAUGUUAAACCAGAUCCGAGGGCAUCUUGUGGACCAUAUAAACCUGAGCCUAACUAUCGUCCUCUGAGUUUGGAGAGAGAAAAUGAGAAAUUCGGAUUUGGAUCUAAAAACCACGAUACUAUCGGAAUGAUUGUUAUAGAUUCUAGUGGCCAUAUAUACGCCGGAACCUCAACCAAUGGAGCCAAUCAUAAGAUUCCCGGAAGAGUAGGUGAUUCUCCGGUGCCCGGUGCUGGAGCCUUCGCAGACAAUGAAUUUGGUGCUGCCGCUGCAACCGGAGAUGGAGAUGUGAUGAUGAGGUUCCUGCCAUCUUUUGUCGCUGUAGAGAAUUUACGAGCUGGACAAGAUCCCACUACAGCAGCUCAAAAUGCCCUCAAGCGAAUUUUAAAACACCAUGCCAAGUUCAUGGGAGGGCUGAUAGUUGUAAAUCGUUUGGGAGAAUUCGGUGCUGCUUGCACCGGCAUCGAUAAAUUUCCAUUUUCUGUUGCAUUUGGAAAUCAAACAAAAGCAAAAAUUGAAUAUAUUGACUGUUGAAUGAAAAAUGUGUGUUUUAUUCUUGUUUAUCUUUGGAGACCUUUAUCUCUGUCACUCUACCUCUUCCUAUUGCCAUAUUUU